CGUGAGAUGUAAAAUGACUGUUUGAAAUUGAUGAGUAAAAUAUCAAAUUAUUUAUUUUUGAUAAAUUUAUUUUGAAAAUGCCGAAAUAUUACAGAUUUAGAGCCACAACGCCUACUCGUAGAACAAAGAGGUGUAAGGAAAAGGAGAAGGACAAAGAAACAGAAAAGAAUAAUCAGUCCGUCAACAACUGGCUGGAUAUGACAUUGGCCUGCACGCUAGCGCCAUCAUGGUAUCUACGACGAACUUCGUGGCGCGAAUCUCUACCUCUAAUGGGACUUCCGAGACAACUGGCUGCGGAACUCAGAGCUUCAUUGCAAUUUAGUAAUCGUCCCGUGUUUAUUUUUAAAAUCCCACAAUCAGAUACCUUUUGAUAAAUUAGAUGGAGGUUACGAAAGAAAUUUUAUUUUUUAAAUUUGAAACCUUUAUUGAAAUUAUUGUGUAAUGUUUAGUCUAAUAGAUAUAUUCUUAUUCAAAAUCUGCGGGUAAUCCGUCGUAAUAAAAUGUAUAUACUAUACUCUUUUCUCUUGACCUGUUAUGUUACAAGACCUUGUUAAUAAAACUAUAAAUUUUUAAA